GUGCCGCCAACGCGGGUAUCCCGCUGUCCAUCAUUGUGAAGGAGUACGGCUGGAGCACUUACUUCAGCACCCUGAUCGGCGCGUGCGGCCUCGCGCUGCUGCUGCUGGCCCCCAUGGUCAACCUGCGCAGCUACGUGCAGCGCAAGGAGCAGCGGCGGCUGCGCAAGGGGCUGUGA